CUCAGUUUCUUCAGCUUGGAAGAAGAAAUUGCAGAGAGUUUAUUGAAAGCUUUUUAUCUGACCGUAAAACAUAAGAGAAUGAGAGCAGUGCGGAGCCACUUGAGUGUCAUUUCCAAUUGCAAACUUUCUCCGAGAAUCAGCAGAGUCUCCGUAGCAAGCUUGACCUCAAAUCGAAAUCUAUUAUCAACCAUGGUUUCUACUGAAGAUCCAGAGCUCAGAGACUUUCUGGGUUUCUUAGAAUCUCUCAAAAACUAUGAGAAGUCUGGUGUGCCAAAAGGAGCUGGAACUGAUUCCGGUGAUGGGUUCGAUCUCGGUAGGAUGAAACGUCUCAUGCUUCGUCUCCACAAUCCUCACUUCAAAUACAAGGUUGUUCAUGUGGCUGGAACAAAGGGGAAAGGCUCAACUUCUGCUUUCCUCUCAAAUAUCUUACGAGCAGGAGGAUAUUCAGUUGGUUGCUAUUCUAGCCCACAUAUUCUGAGUAUUAAAGAACGCAUUUCAUGUAAUGGAGAUCCUGUCUCUGCAUCUGCUCUUAAUGAUCUUUUCUAUUCAAUCAAACCCAUCCUCGAGCAGUCUGUCCAAGAGGAAAAUGGUUCUUUGAGUCAUUUUGAGAUUCUCACUGGGAUAGCUUUUUCUUUAUUUGAGAAAGAAAACGUCGACAUUGCUGUUAUAGAGGCUGGGCUAGGAGGAGCUCGAGACGCUACAAAUGUCAUUGAAAGUUCAAAUCUUGCUGCAUCAGUGAUAACGACGAUAGGUGAGGAACAUAUGGCUGCUCUUGGUGGUUCCUUGGAAAGUAUAGCAGAGGCCAAAUCUGGAAUUAUUAAGCACGAUCGUCCAGUUAGGUGGUUUUAGGUGGCCCGUUUCUUACUCAUAUCGAAGGCAUUCUUUGUUCUAAAGCAGCGUCAAUGUCGUCGUCAGUUGUAUUGGCAUCUAAUGUUGGUUCUGGUUCUUCAGUCAAAGGCAUCAUCAACAAAAAUGGGAUCGGGCUUUGUCAGUCCUGUGACAUUGUAAUACAAAAUGAGAAAGAUGAUAAACCAAUUGUUGAGCUUGGUGAUGUAAAUCUACGCAUGCUUGGACAUCACCAGCUCCAAAAUGCUGUCACCGCCACAUGUGUGUCUCUCUGUCUUCGAGAUCAAGGAUGGGGGAGAGUUACUGAUGAAGCUAUACGUAUUGGUUUAGAGAACACUCGUUUACUUGGUAGAAGUCAGUUUCUGACACCAAAAGAAGCAGAGGCUUUACAAUUACCCGGAGCAACGGUGCUUCUUGAUGGAGCUCACACCAAAGAAUCUGCGCGAGCUCUUAAGGAGAUGAUAAAGAAGGAUUUUGCAGAGAAGAGACUAGUGUUUGUGGUUGCAAUGGCUAGUGACAAAGAUCAUGUCUCUUUUGCAAAAGAGCUUCUCUCAGGUCUAAAUCCAGAAGCAGUGGUUCUAACAGAAGCUGACGUUGGUGGAUCUAAGGUUAGGUCAACCGCGUGUUCUGUUUUGAAGGAAUCAUGGAUAAAAGCUGCUGAUGAGUUAGGUUUAGGGUUUUUGGAAGCUUCAGAAAACAAAACUGUGUUUGGUUCUCUAAAACUUGCUCAUAAGAUUCUCACCGAUGACACAACCAUUGACUCAGGAAUGGUUGUAGUCACCGGUUCACUUCACAUUGUAUCCUCGGUCUUAGCUUCUCUUCAACAUUAGAUUUCGUGGACAACUGUUCAAUUAUGAUUAUUAAUUAUAAAUGUAAGCCUCGUUUUGCAGUUCGAUGUAUCCUUGAGCUCAAGACUGGAAUCUAGAGGUUUUGUAAUGAUUCUCUUUAUUGGUAUUAUCGAGUUGCCAAAGAAAAAGUUAAAAGUUUAUUUGCAUUCCAAAGUAAACGGAGCUUAACAUGGUUACAAUUUUAUAUGACAUAAAUCACUAGACAAUUCGCCAUGGAUUUUUGCAAUUUGAUGUGUACAAAACAUCUCUGGUAAUGAUGUCUACAGGUACUUGACCAUGGUGCGUCCGUCUGCACUAACUUUUAUUGCACGCAUGCUGCUCCUGUUCCUGAGCGCCUUUCGCUUCUUCAGUCUUUUUAUUAUGUCUUCAUGGCUGUCUUUGACAUUUUGCAUCUGGAUACGAGCUUCGAGUUUUCUGUCAAAUUUCGACUCAGGACGGAACACAAAGUCCAUUGAUAUCGUUGUUGGUACUUGCGCUCUUUCUACUCUUCUUCUACUAGCUGCUAGCUUGGGUUUUGUUUUCUCAGAGAAGUCAACAUCUACCUCAAAAUCUCUAGCUUUUGCUGUCUCGGACACCUUAAGAGCUUUCUUGUCUGUCUUGCUAAAAGCACUUGAUGUUGCUCUUCACGUUCCUCCUGAGUAAACAUCUCCUCAUAUCUUGUGCUCUUGUUGUAAAUGAUAUGGCCCCAUCUGUUGACUAAGUCAUUAGCGAGUCUCUUGUUAAAAGUUGUUUCUUCAUCUGAUUUUGACAAGAACAUUAUGACCUUCCCGAGACCACUCUUGACCAACUGUUCCUUUCUACACUCUUGUUGAUCUAUCAAGUUACAUAAAUCGUUGAGAAUCGUCAAGAUAGCUCUGCGGAUGUUUAUGCUAGGUAAGCUGCCAUCAGGGAGCGGCUCGAGCCAGUUCUUGAGAAGGUUAAGUAGUCCAUGAUCUAAGAACUCAGAUUGAAGCUGUUUCUUUGAGAGAGCUCCAUUGAGAAGAGGCAGCUUCAUGAGCUUGUUAAUGGCGGGUUUGCCUUCUUUGUUUAGCGCUAGGUCGUCUUCUACAGCAAUCUCAAGAAUCGCCAUCACUCGCUCUACUUGCAUCGCAAUCUCCUCCGGUUUUUUCCCAAGCUUGCUCUUCUUGUUUCGUCUCCUGAACAAUCUGAUUAUUAACUCAUCGUCAUCGUCAUCGUCAUCUUUCUUAGGACGAUUUGCUACGAGAUCACCGGAGUUGUUGUUGUUCGUAAUUGAAUCCCACAUCUCUUUAAUCUCUGUGGAUUUUUUCUUCAAAUCAUCACGAACCGAGUCUUGUUUCUUCUUCUUGAUCUCCUUCUCAAGACCAGGCUCAUGUUUUUCCUUCCUCUGUCUCUUCUUCCCUGCUUUGUCGUUACAAUUAUUAGCCUUAGGUUCCACGAAAUCAUCAAGAUUCUCUUGCAGACACAUUUUUUUUUUUUUUACUUCUCUCUAUCGUUUUUUUCUCUCAGAUAUCUGUGUUUGUUUAGUUGUAUGUUUGAUUCAACAAUUUGCAUAAGUGUGUGUGGGCACUCAUUUAUAUAGAUAGCCUCGUGAAGUCCAAGCUUUCCUUUUUUCUCAAUUGUCAGAAAACGGUUGAAAAAAGGAAAUUUUGUUUGUUGUAAUCCAAAGGUUUCCUUUUUUUUCUUAGUUUUGAGAAAACAGAGGAUCUUUCGGAAAACCCUAAAUUAACCCUACUCAAUUUCGACCCGACGGGUCACUUUUCUCGAAUCUAAUGGCUGCUGGUCUCAUAGAUGGCUACUUGCAUCUAUACCGAUACGACACAGAUUCUACAGUUGUCAGCGUAAAGUUCGUACCCAUAAAGGAGUCUUGCAGGGCUGUUCGGUUCAUUGACGAUGGCCAAAGAAUCGUCACAGCUUCAGCAGAUUGCUCCAUUCUCGCUAUCGAUGUAGAGACUGGUGCUAGUGUUGUACGUCUUGAGAAUGCUCACGAGGAUGCUGUUAGUACUUUGAUAACUGUUACGGAGAGAGACAACAAUCGCUUCAGGGGAUGAUAAAAGCUGCGUUAAGACACAUUGUAAAGCAAAACCCCAAGCUUAACUUCCACAAGUAGAUGAUGCGUGCUCUUGAGGAUGAUUUCAAACAAGUCGUUGGUAUUAGUUGGCAUCUUUGGAUAUUUGUCGUCAUCUUCUUGCUGCAGAAUGUUAAUGCUAGUGGCAACAAGGUUUGAAUUUGUGUAGUCAUUUGAUUCAGUGAAGCUUGGUGUCUUAUGAGUUUUCAUACAAGACGAACUACUCUCUGUAGUUAUGAUGAAGGCAACCAAAAUAUGUCAUCUCAAGCUCUUGUGUCUCCACAUUGUUGCUACUUAUCUAAUGUUAUCUGUGGAACUCAGAAUGGUAUUCUCAUGUUUGUAUGACUUCUGUUCCAAACAAUCUUAUUGACUUUCAUUAUCUGAACAAUUGUGUCAUUUGCAACUAUGUGCGUAUUCUACUUUGCUUGAAACCAUUGGUUUACGAAUCUUUGGCCUGUUUCUCUUCA